CCAUUACCGCCCGGAGCAACCCCUGCCGACCGGGGGAUCCGCAGCCGGACAUGCUGGAGGCGGCCGUGGGGAGAGCCCAGCCCGGAAGAUCCGUCGUUGAACCUAAAGUCUGUAUCUCAGCAGCCACCGCAGAAACGUUCCAGGACAGUUGAAGACUUUAACCGGUUCUGCAGUUUUGUAUUGGCAUACGCUGGCUACAUACCGUCCUCUGCAAAAGAGGAGAGAGCAUGGACACCAUCAAGUUCGACAUCUCCCCACAGGACUGAGGAGAGUGACAGCUGGGAGUCUCCUGACACCCCACGACCACCCUUGACUUCUGACUUACCUGGAGCACCUCAAACGUCUGAUUUAAAUACUAUCCAGACUUUUGUAAUGAAAGCCAAGACCCAUGGAUCCAGUGGCAGCAGUAAGAGGAGAGUGGGAGAACAUUCACGAGUGAAGAAGAGCAGUCGGCGGAAGAAGAGACAGAGAUACAGGGGGGGGGCAGCUAUGAGACUAAGUGACUCGGAUACAGAAGAUGAUGAACGAGGAGAAAGAAACCUUGGGUCUCCUCCUGGCCCACAGCCGCCACCAAGUGCAGAAAGCAGCAGAGAUGGUGGCGGAAGCUCGAGUGAUGCAGACACACAAGUGAUGGAUGAAGAUAUAAUGGUGGAAUCAGGAGAUGAUUCAUGGGACCUGGUAACAUGUUACUGUGAGAAACCAUUUGCUGGCCGUCCCAUGAUCGAGUGUAACAUUUGUUGUACUUGGGUUCAUCUUUCCUGCGCGAAGAUCAGAAAGAGCAACGUUCCAGAUAUCUACUAUUGUCAGAAGUGCAGGAGUGGCCGGCCAAGUGGGAACACGGGAGCCAGGCUGGAGCCAUGACACCUCACUGCUCCGCCAACAGACUCUUUAAUAGAGCGGAAUGGUCAUUGAGAGAGCUAAUGCAGGAGAGGACACGGAGGUUCCG